AUGCUGUCCAGACUCCUCGCAACCACCCUCUUCCCCCUCACCGCCCUGUGCUCCCCCUUCCAGCCCGGCGUCCUGAGCCCCCGCGAGCUGCCCGCCUCGGUCGGCACCGUGACGCAGUUCCGCUACUCGGGCAACGGGUGCACCCAGGGGUCUAACUCGGUGACGCGCUCGGGCGGCUGGGUCUCGCAGACGUACAAGUUCUCCCAGUUCGAGGCCGACACCAUCACCGCCGGCACGCCCACCACCGAGAACUGCGAGCUGCACUUCCAGGGCGCGGGGCUGAGCCCCGGGUGGCAGGUCAGCCUCGCCGAGGCCGACGUCACGGGCAAGCUGGUGCUGGCGCCCGAUGCGAAGGUCAACUACUACUGGCAGGUGUACUGGAGCGAUGACGCCGCCGACACGCUUGCGCUGCAAGGAACAAUCGACAACACUGGGGGCAAGAACAAGAUCACCAACAACAACUACACGGUCAAGGCCAACGUAACCGACUCAUUGUGGUCGCAGUGCAUCGGCGCGGACGGCAACCCAGGCAUCCUGAAUGUCAACUUCAGGGUAGCAAUUGUUGGCGAUGGAAGCUCAUUCGACGUUGAUACAGAGACGUUGAAUUAUAAAUUCAGGAAGUGCUGA